AUGCAACGUCGAAAUCGACGAAGAGGAUUGAGGUCGUCCCGAGGAUCAACUGAGCAGCCCGGAGAAGUAGCCGAGCUGCCCGAGCAGCAGCUUGCAGUUCCGAGGGUCAGCCGAGCAUUCCCGAGAAGUAGUCGAGCUGUCCAAACAGCAGUCCGAGGAUCAGCUGAGCAGCCCAGAGAAGUAGCCGAGCCACCCGAGCAGCAGCUUGCAGUCCCGAGGGUUAGUCGAGUAGCCCCGAGGAGUAGUCAAGCUGCCCAAACAGUAGCUUACAGCCCCGAGGAUCAACCGAGCAGCCCCGGGAAGUAG